GUAUGAAGGUUUGGGCAAUGCGCAUAUGCACAGACUGCAAUUGGACGUGGCUCAGGGGCUGGACCUGGAAACGGCGGAUAUAGUCCAGUAACGCUCAGCAGGUCCAGAGCUGGGAAACCAAGCUCCCAAUGCACUAGUUCCUUCCUGUAAAGCGUACCCAAUUGAGCAAGCACUGGCAAGCAAAGCCGGCGCGCAGGCUAAGAUUGGUUGGUGUGUGGUUGGGCGUUGGGGCCAUACAUGCGUUUGGACAGGGCCUCCCUUGGAGUUUGCACCCUCUCGUCAAACCGGGAGCUGCGCACUUUUGAGCAGAAAUGCAGCAGUCAAGGGCAACCUAAGUUGGGCCCGAAUGGCGCGCACCAGUUCCGGCACGCCAGGGCAACAACACGUAAUCGUACGUACGGUGCUGGCGCCAGACAGAGAAGGUUGGGCGCGGUAUCAUAACAAACAACGUGUCAAGUGCACAAGCAGCGUAAACUAUCGGCGUUUCAUUGCAACACAAUAUAGCACGCAGUUGACAUAAAGAGCUGUAAAGAGUUGACGAACGCAGGGCAGAAUCUGCGCCCGGCGUCAUUCUCUCACAACAAAUUGCUUGAAUAGCUUUGCAUACCAUGUUGCUGGCACAGCAAGGGUUGCGCGUGCAGUCGCGCCUCUCAGCGAAACGUGAGGGACUCGGAGUUACGACGUCGCGACUCGUUGAAGGCAUAAUUAGCAAGCGUGGCUCCAUUGCGGCUCAGCGAUUUCCAGGUGUUGCAUCGCCCCGCCGGCAUGGCCCCGGCAUGGCCCCGCCGGCCCCUCGCCGCUCCGCUACCGUUGCAGCCGCUGGUGCGAACGUCCUCGCGGAGACUGCUGUCGCGGUGGCUGUGGCUGUAGCCGGCGCAUCAGGCCCGCUGGUGACACUCGGCUUCACCCCGGUGCACGCGGUGCUGGGCGGCAUCAUCCUGGGCACGGCCGCCUCCGCCAAGCUGCUCACCACCGGACGCAUCUUGGGCAUCUCCGGCGCCAUGAAGGGCCUGGUGAGCGGCGACUUCGCGCCGUGGCGCUUCGCGUUUCUGGGCGGCCUCGUUGCGGGCAGCGCGGUCCUGUCGGUCGUGCUACCGGAGGCGUUCCAGGCCAUGCGCGGCUCUUGCCCGCUAUGGCGCGCUGCCAUCAGCGGCUUGCUAGUGGGCAUCGGCACCAGCAUGGGCAACGGCUGCACGUCGGGACACGGGAUUUGCGGCUCGGCGCGCCUCUCACCUCGCUCAUUCGCGUACACGGUGUCUUUCAUGGUCUCGGGCAUGCUCAGCGCGACGCUGACGCAGAGCGCCCGGUGUCAAGGUGUGCGCCCGGUGCCGCCCCAGCUGUUGCUGCCCAGCCCCGCCGAGUGGCAGCUGGCCCUCAGCUUCCUGGCCUCAGGGGUGGCGGCGUUCGGAGUGCUGGCUCUGCUCGCCAAAGUGGCGCACGCGCGGUCCGGCAAGCCGGAGCCGCACAUGCCCUCUGCCGCCGCACUGGCGUCUGCCAUGACCGCCGGCAUCGCGGGCGAGGCCACGGCGGCGGGCGGUGGUGUGGUGCUGGAGGGCGGCAAGCCCAACGUGGCGGCGGCGGGCCCCGGCUUUGAGCUGAGCGCCGAGUUCGGCAGCGGACUGCUGUUCGCGCUGGGGCUCGGAUUCAGCGGCAUGGCGCACGCCACCAAGGUGGUGUCCUUCUUGUCGCCGCUGUACCCCUGCUGGGACCUGUCGCUACUGUUUGUGAUGGGCGGCGCAGUGCUGGUGGCGCUAUUCGCUUUCCAGGGCGUGCUGCGCUACCACAUGAUGCAGCACCCGCUGUUCAUGAGCCGCUUCCAGUUCCCCACUGCCAACGCCAUUGACACGCGGCUGCUUACGGGCGGUGUGCUGUUCGGCGCGGGCUGGGGCAUGAGCGGGCUGUGCCCCGGGCCCGCACUGCUCAGCCUCAUCAUUAGCCACGACGCGCACGUGUACUGGUUCCUGAUCUGCAUGGUUGUGGGCAUGGCGCUUGAGCACCACUGGCUGGCGCACUGGAUGGCGCCGGGCGCGCCGCACAACAAGUAGUUGUGGCCUUGUGGGGAGGACACGAGGCGCUGUCAGGAGGCCGGGCGCAGCGUGCUGCGGCGUGGCUGGGACUGCUACAAGCGGUCUGGCGAGCAUCGUGCGUCAAGGAUGCUGCGGGUGAAGUGCAUGCAUGCUACGUGCAAGCCUGCAGGACUCCUGUAAGCACGUGUAUGUGGGAGAGAGAGUAAUGUCGGCAGGAACGGGACCCGGACGGGCGCACCAUACAUGUGCACCCAUGCAUGGCAUGCAUGCACGACGCACGACCGCAUUGCAUGAUGUCUGAUGUAUAAUGCUGCAUAGUCUUCGUUGAAACGUUUAUUGCGCUGUACGCACUGUUACUCACAUAAUACCUGUGUAAGUAUACUCAAUA